AAGGACCCGGUGGGGUAGCCAAGAGAAAAACUAAGGCUAAAGAACUCACUAAAGAAGAGUCCAAGAAGGAGAAAGAGAAGCCCGAGUCGAGGAAGGAGAGUAAGAAUGAAGAGAGAAAAAGGGGGAAGAAGGAAAAAGAGGAUGACCGGAAGGCUAAGAAAAUCGCCGAUUCCGAUACAUCCAGGAAAGAGUCUCCUAAGGGUAAAAAGGACAGAGAAAAGGAGAAAGUGGGACCAGAUAAAGGUCCUAAAACCAAGGAAGAUAAGAAAAAAUCAACAAAUAUAAAGGAUGUUUCUAGUAAAACGACAUCCAGAGACAAAGAUGAAAAAAAGGAAGGAAGAAGUUCUAAACAGGCGCAGGUAGCGAAGGGAAAUAACCAGAAAAGAAAGAACUAGAGCUCUGACGUCAUCGCCCAGGGCCUGGUGAUGUUCUUCACCGCGAUUUGAUUUGCUGCUCAGGGCGCAGUAAAUGAAGUAUCGCUCUGGAGGGGAAGAUGUGUGUGUUAGCCAUUGACUGUCCUUAUUGGUGCUCAGCAAGUAAAUUCUUCGAAAUUUCAGUACCCUGUCGAAUGCUUCUAAAUAUAAAAGAUGAAGCUUUAAAAAUAUGUAAUAAAAAUGUGAUGUAAUAGCAUUCUAUUUUUAUUAAUUUAUUGAUCAUGUAUCCAGAUAAAUGUAUAUUUAUAAUAUGAAUUAUAAUGAACUUAUUAAUAUAUUGAAUACUUUCCUUGGAGUUGAAUAAGAAUAUUAAGGUUUUAAAUGGUGUUUAUAUGCAGAGUGACGUAACUUUUAGGGAUGAUACAUAGUCAGGUAGGUAAGAAGUUACCAUCUUUCUCUAUUUGCCCUUGGUUUUCCUCCUCCUCCUCUUCCUUCUCCUCCUUCCUGCUUCCCUUUCACCCCCCACCCCCACCCCCAUCCUUUCUCUUCCCAGGAAUUUCCUCAAGCUCAGGUGACAUCCCCGCAUUCCUUCCUCCAUAGGCUCUGGCCCCCCACCUGCUUGUCUCAUCAGGGGCUACCCUUUCCUCAGGCUCUUCCCAGAUUAAUUCAGCCUUCCCUUCUCCUCCCAUCUCUCGCCUAUGAAAUCUAUCUCCUUCACCCCUUUCUUCAUUUCUCCAAGCCGCCUCACUCCUUAGCCCUCCUCCGCUACCUCUCUCUUUUCCACUAGUCCUGGCCCAUCUCCUGUCACCCAAUAAGUACUGUGCCAGACACACUGUCCCAGGAUCUCCAUACAGUCAUGAAGAAAGAGAAUUUUAUUUAGAAGAAUCAUUUUAGAACACUUUUAUUUAUAUCUUUACAGACUCAGAAUAGUCUUAGGAAGGCUUUAAUUAUUCAAAUUAGGAUAGCCUUUCAUUUUAUAUCAGUUUUUUAAGUUAUUUUGGUGGAAUACCAUAUGUUUUUUCAUAUUUGAUUGUGUCAUAAUUGUUUACCAUUUCUAAGGGGUUAUAAAUUUGAGAUCUAACUAAAGGUCAGAAUUCAGUUAAGAAAGCAUUUAAUAAAAUGAAAUUUCACUUUGAAUGCAUUUUUACAAAUGAUUUGUCCUAUUCUGUGCAUGAGUUCUUAAAUCUCUAAUUGUGACUACUGUAAAAUGUAGUUACUGAAUUAAGAGCACCCUGAUUUGUUGUAACAAUUAAAACUGCUGCCACAAAGA